AUGGACGAUCCUGGCUGCGCUUGGCCCUUUUGGAAGUUUGGCUUGCAAAAGGACGACCUCACCACUACUCUACAUGACCGGUACAACACCAUUCCAUCCGCCAUUCAGGACCCAGAGGCAUUCCACCAUGAUGUCUAUGAACUCUCCACCCGAGCCUGCACCCUCGAUGAGUUCGAGCGGUUGAUGGAGGACCGCAAGAAGUUGCGCUUGGAGGAAUUGAAUGGCAUGUUGGAGGAUGCAAGUUUUGAGAUCAUCGGCAACCCAUCCCUCAUCGGCACCGAGCAGUGGCAGUAUGCCAUCCAGCUCUUUCGUACCAAGUCACUGGACUCUCUAGUCCGCUACUUCUCGUCCUACCUGCCUCAAGAACACCCUUGGCACAACGAGUCCGGCUCGCCUAUCAGUAGCACUGACAGCUCGCAUCCUGCGAUUUUCGACUGUGAUGGGCCUAUGUUCUUCGACGAGCCCGAGGACGACACCUACUACACUAACGAGCACUCCCAGUCCUUCGACAUCACCGACCUCUCGCUUGACCAACCUACACGUUCUAUGACCGUGCGGUCCGAGGAUUCUGGCGUCUCGGUCUCAGAACGUGUCCAACACAAACAUCAAAACAACACCCGUGUCUCCCAGCGGGCAAUGUCCUUCUCAGGAUCAGAGCCUGAUCACAUACCCGCGGCUCUGCACGAUUCAAUGCCUACUCUUCACGAUGACGAGGUUACAUCGCAAUGUUGA